AUGGCCCUCUUCGACUCCAAAGCCGCAGCGGGCCCCGCCUCACCAGCAGCAAGCUACAACAACGACGAUGGUGAUUUCCAGCGAAUGGAUCCAAGCGGCGUCAAGCGCGGACUCAAGACGCGCCAUUUGAGCAUGAUGGCUCUGGCUGGAAUCAUCGGUCCGGGUAUCUUGGUUGGAACGGGAGGUGCACUCGCUCAGGGUGGUCCAGCGUCGCUUCUCAUCGGAUUCGGCAUCAUUGGUAUUAUCGCGUUCAGCAUUACGCAGUCGCUGGGUGAGAUGACGACGCUGUAUCCGACGGGCGGGGCGUUUGUCACGCUUUCUGAGCGCUUUGUCGAUAAGGCUUUUGGGGUUGCGGUCGGAUGGCAGUACUGGCUGGUGUGGGCGUGCGUGCUGGCGAACGAGUACAACGUCAUUUCGUCGAUUAUGGUGUUCUGGGGCCCGCAGGUGCCGCUAUGGGGCUACUUUCUCAUCUUCUGGUUUGCGUUUUUGGGCUUCCAGAUGCUGGGUGUCGAGUCGUUUGGAGAAGCAGAGUUUUGGCUUGCGCUGGUCAAACUUGUUGGGCUGUGCACUUACUUCCUUUUCGCCAUCAUUUACGCAUCGGGAGGACUAAUUGGGCAGAAAGAGGCGAUUGGAUUCCGAUACUGGCACGACCCUGGUCCUUGGGUGAAUGGAUUUCGCGGAGUAGCAACGGUCUUUGUUUUUGCUUCGACGUUUUACGCGGGUGUGGAAGCUGUUGCGGUUGCAGCAACUGAAACCAGAAAUCCAUCUGUGGCUGUUCCCCUCGCGAUUCGACAGGUCAUCUGGCGUAUUCUUUUUGUCUACAUGGGAGUGGCAUUCUUCUUUGGUCUCACUUGCCCUUCGAAUGCAGAUGGACUCGCGAAUGGAAGCAGUCGUGCAUUGAAGAGUCCCAUGACUAUUGCACUGCAAAACGCUGGCUGGGAAGGAGGAGUACAUCUUAUCAACGCCUUCAUCUUCGUUACCGUUCUGAGCGCGGCGAACAGCUCGAUUUAUAUCGGAUCUCGGACCAUACUUUUCAUGGCACAACAGAAAAUGGCGCCGAAAUUCCUUGGAAAGACAAACAGUCGCGGCGUACCAAUCUACGCCAUCGUUUUCACAAACCUGAUCGGAGCCAUAUCCAUGAUGAACGUUAGUACGGGCGGUGGAAAGGCAUACUCAUAUAUUGUCAACCUGAGCGGCGUUUCCACCUUUCUCGUAUGGGGCGCCAUUUCCUUUACGCACAUUCGCUUCCGAAAAGCCUGGAAAGCUCAAGGCCGGACUCCAGACGAUCUACCCUUCAAGUCCUUUCUUUAUCCCUGGAAUGCCUAUUUUGGACUUUUCGCCAACAUCUUCCUUACUCUUGUUCAGGGCUGGACCACCUUAAGCCCGUUCAAUGCUGGAAACUUUGUCGACGCUUACAUUAUGAUACCAGUAUUUGUAAUCAUCUACGUCGGCUAUAAGAUCUGGUUCAAGACACGGUUCUGGAGGAGUGAAGAGAUUGAUUUGGACUCGGGCAGGAGAAAGGAUCUUGAUGCGAGAGAUGUGUAUGUACAUGGCGAGCCGCACAGCGAGCAAGGGGGUAAAGCGGGAUAUCUACGAAAUCUUUGGCGCAAGCUAUGA